UUUUGGAAUUGUGACAGAUUGUCAAUUUCAGUCUCAUUUCAAAAAAAAAUAAAAAAUCGUCUAUAAAAAUAGUGCAAAUUAUUUUUGUGUUAAAAUUGUGGAUAAAAAUUAACGUAAAUCUGUUUACAGAAGAUAAAAUGGCAUUCCAUAGAUGUGUUCUACAAAUAUCAAGACAGUACAUAACAAAGAGUUGCAUACUCCAGUCAGCUAACAAACAAAAAUACACUUGCACUCAAUUUAACCAACAAUACAGUACUAAACGACCAAGACUGUUCUCCGACAGACAUGAAUGGGUUGUAAUCGAAAAAGGUGUUGGAACUGUAGGCAUUAGCAAAUACGCUCAAGAAUCUCUAGGUGACAUUGUCUUCGCACAGUUACCUGAACCAGAAUCCAUGGUGAACGAAGGAGAAGAAUGUGGAACCCUUGAGAGUGUGAAGGCGGCCAGUGAAAUAUACUCACCCGUCAGUGGUAUCAUCAAGGAAAAGAAUAUUGAAGUAGAAAGCAAACCCGGGCUCAUAAACACAAACUACUAUGACAAAGGCUGGUUGUUCAAAGUUGAAAUGACAGACGCUGCUGAAAUACAAAACUUAAUGACCGAAGAACAAUAUAAUAAAUUCCUCGAAGUAGAUGCUGAAAAUAAAGAAAAAGAUGAAAAAGAGAAGGGUGCGGACACAUAGUUGCUUGUUUAAAAUCUUUAUUUAUUUAUUAACUGUUAGUAGAGAUGUUAGUAUGUUGUGUUAUUACCUUUUUAGUGCAAUAAUGAAUUCUGUUACAAAUUUAAGAUUUAAAUGAAAACAACAAACAAAUA